GUUCUGCGCGUGCGUAGUCGCUUGAGUCAUGAUAGGUUUGUUUAUGAGUUCAGAAAAAGACAGUAAUGGCGGAGGAUUGUCUGUGAAGUGAGCGAAAAUUGUCAGCACACUGUAACUAGGAGUUUUAUACGAGACGUGUAGGAGGAGAGAGUUCUUAGAUUUUAGCUAACCCCGUCGUGGCCAAGAUGCAGAUCACUUUGAAAACCCUACAGCAGCAGACGUUUAAGAUCGACAUUGACGGAGAGGAGACGGUAAAAGCACUGAAGGAGAAGAUUGAGAAUGAAAAGGGAAAAGAUGGAUUCCCAGUAGCUGGGCAAAAGUUGAUAUAUGCAGGCAAAAUCCUUAAUGAUGACACCGCACUAAAGGAGUACAAGAUUGAUGAAAAAAACUUUGUGGUGGUCAUGGUGGCCAAGCCUAAAGCCGCACCCUCCACUACCCAGCCAUCCUCUGCCACCACAACUGCGGGCUCCAGCUCCCACAGCAGUUUGACUCCCACGCCAGCGUCCCCCAGCACUGCCGAGAGCCCCCCUGACAAUGCUGACCAAGAGGAAAAGACCAGCGAAGAGAAGCCCCCAGCCAGUGCAGCCCCCGCAACUUCUCCUGUCAGUUCGUCAGGUCUUGCGACAAAUGUGAACAUAUUUGAGGAGGCCACAUCUGCUCUGGUGACGGGCCAGUCUUACGAGAACAUGGUGACGGAAAUCAUGCUAAUGGGCUACGAGAGGGAGCAGGUGGUGGCGGCCCUGAGGGCCAGCUUUAACAACCCCGACAGAGCCGUGGAGUACCUGCUGACGGGUCUUCCUUCGGAGGGAGACGGCAGCACGGCGGCCAACCCUGUAGUGUCUCCCUCUGGUGGUGCUCCUAGCGGCACCACGGGCCCGGUAUCGUCACCCACAGGCUCUGCUCCUGCCCAGUCCACUACCACCGGUGGGGCCAAUCCCCUGGAGUUCCUAAGGAACCAACCCCAGUUCCAGCAGAUGAGACAGAUCAUUCAGCAGAACCCGUCUCUGCUGCCGGCUCUGCUUCAGCAAAUUGGCAGAGAGAACCCCCAGCUUCUACAGCAAAUCAGCAGCCACCAAGAGCAGUUCAUCCAGAUGCUAAACGAGCCGGUCCUGGAAGCCGGUCAGGGUGGAGGUGGAGGGGGAGGGGUGGCUGAGGCCGGGAGUGGGCACAUGAACUACAUCCAGGUUACGCCCCAAGAGAAGGAAGCCAUUGAACGGCUAAAAGCGCUAGGAUUCCCAGAAGGACUAGUUAUCCAGGCUUACUUUGCCUGUGAGAAGAACGAAAACUUGGCAGCAAACUUCCUUUUACAACAGAACUUUGAUGAUGAUUAAAGGGAUCAUAGGUUUGUUCAGCCUUUUGACCCUUUACUUUUGCCUUUACCUUUCCUAGAUUUUACUACAAUGUAUCUUGGUAACACCGGAUCAACUUUUCUGUGCAAAAAAGGAACUGUUUAUGAACACUUUAAUUAAUAAGUAAAGUCACCUCGCCUCCUCAGAAAUCAACUGUGUGCAAUCUGCUUCUUUUGCAUAUAGCUUGGAUGCAAUAUGAAAAUUGUGUAGAAACUGUCAAAUGUCUAUCAGUUUAGGUGGACAAGGGUAGCUCUGGUCUUUUAAUUCAUAAAUUUUCAUACUUAGAUUUUCUUUUUCCCUCCCCCGGUAGAACAGUAUAGUGAGUCUAGUACUGUUUACCAUAGUGUACCAUAUGACAGUAAAUAUGAAAAAUGUUUUCUGUUUUUAAACAUUUUUAAAUGUCUAAGCAUACUGCAUGCACGCUUAGUUUUCAGGUUCCAUGGGAGAAUUACAAAAACAAGUAUUGCUGUGUUUUCAUGCAGAAUGAAGUGCAAUUCAUUCAUGUAUUAAACAUUUACAGCAUAUAAAUGGCUUAUAGCAGGCAUUGUUGACAGUUCCAGUUACUAUGAUUUACUGUUAUUUUACAGAAAAAAUAAAACUUUUGAGCAUAUUUAAAAUGA